AUGCCACCGCCGAUCGUCGCCUCCCUUGUCUCCUCCUCCGCUCCCCCCUCCACCACUUCUUCGCCGUCGCCAACACCCCCACAGUGCUCGCCGCACCAUUAUCCCGCCAAACUCGACACAGUCUCCCGCCGCGACGCAGCAAUUCUCCUCUCGUCGGCCGUCGUCAUUCCUUUCCUCCAGCCACCGCUCGCAUCGGCGUUGUCAAUCGGAAUCUCAGGACCAAAGGAAUGGCUGAAAGAGCAGAAGAAGAAGUCCGCCGGAUUCCUCUUAGCUCCGGUCGACGCCUCUCGCAAUAUCCUUCAAUCAGCCUACCUUUUACUGAACAAAUCGGAAUUUGGUGAGAAUGACAUGGAAGUACUGCGGAAGCUUCUGGUGUCUGCCGCCAGAGAUUGCGUUCCUCAGGACCGGAAUUCGUUCGUCGAGUUCCAAGCCAACACUGGAGUUGAGGUCUGCACAUUCCGGCUGAUUGUGAAAAAUGCUUCGUCUUUGCUUGCUGAUAGAGAUCCAAUCAAAUCCGAAGCUGAAUCCAAGCUCAAUGAUCUCAUCAGAUCAUUUUCUUCUCUUAAUGGCAUGGCAAGGGAAAACGGUACUCAGCUCGCUUCAAAUAGGCAAAAAAUUGCGGAUGCCAUUAAAGAUACAGUAUCUUCGCUCAACGACUUUGAGCAGGGCAUCAAAGAUUGUCUUCAAGUCUGA